GCAGCUGUCAAGAUUAUUCAAUUAUUUUGUUUUAUCUUUUCUUCAAUAAUUCGUUGGUUGGAUUUUGUUUAGAAGCUCAACAAAAUGUCUAGGAUUUAUCGAUAAUAACUAAAGAGCACAAAUAAACAGCGCAAAACAUCAAUAACAUAAUUAUUAGCAGUGAAGACUUUUACACUGCAAAGCUUAUCAGUGCAAUGGUGGAGGAAACAACACAAAGCAGCCGGCCGCGCAUGAAGACGGCACGGCCCAAAUCGGUGUGUCUGUGGUCGGUAAUAGAUGUGCGAAAAUGGUAUAUGCGACACUGUGGCGAAUAUCCACAAUAUCUGGAACUUUUUUCAAAGCAUGAAAUUACCGGCCGCGCACUACUCCGCAUCAACGAUUAUUCGCUGCAAAGAAUGGGGAUCAGCCAUAGUGGCGAUCGCGAAGCAAUUUUCCGAGAGAUAUUAAAACAACGACUCAAAACUGAUAUUAUGGAAAUACGUGAUAUGGAACGUGAGAUCAAUACCUAUUACAACACCAGAUAAAUACACGUGAACUAAUGAGUAUUAGGGAAUUCAUAGGCAAUUUAAGAAAACAUAUUAGUAGCAUAAACAGUUUAACUGGCGUACAUUUUGAUAUGGGCGAUAUGUAAAUUGCAGCGAACUCCACUGCACAUCCAAACGCACACCAAUUUUCUGCUAACAAUUUUAAAGUAUGCAUUUGCAUUCAUACUAUCAUACAAACAUAUGUUCAUAUGUAAAUUAGUGUAUAACGUAGCCUAGUAGUAUUUCAAUAUUAGUGGAAAUGAAUGAAACACAAGUACUCGUACGAGUAUAUUGUGCAUUACUCUUGGUAAGAUAAAAAUCUAAAAGUAAAUUGUUCAAAUACUGCGGCUUGGAUUGUUUAGUUUUGAAAGUGUUGUCUAAAUGCCAUUUCAUUUGUAUUGCAUUAUCGUGUAUGUCCCAGUAUGUAUUGUACAUAUGUACAAACGUAUAUUAUUAUUCUUGCGAUUUACGUAUUGUCUUAAUUAUUGACCAACAAGUAAAACUAUUUUUAUUAUUUUUUUUUUUUUAAUUUAUUUAGGCAGUUAACUGAAAACACCACAUAGCAAUAAUGUAAACGGUAUUAAAAGUAUGUAUGUAGUUGUACGAAUUUUAAAAAAAUUAUAUGCUUAAAAUUAUGAAAUAAGUCGUUAACUUUUGUAAUGAAUACUAGACGAAUUGCACAAAAAAUUUCAAAUUGUUAUGCAACAAAAGACGCGUAAAUUUUAUUAUAUACGUAUACAUAUAUAAAUAAUUUUAUUUGAAUAGCGACAAUUCUGGAAAUGCAAUUUUUAUUGCUAUAGUUUGGAAUUUUUUUUCUUUUAUCGUAUACAGAUUUAGUUCUACUUAAGAAAGAAUUAUUACAUAAAUAGAAUUUUAUGCACGUAUGUAUUACAUAAAAAAUAUUAAUAGUGCUAAAAGAUAUAUUAGAAUUAAUUACAUAUAUUUUAUCAUAUUUUUUUACAAUUCUUAUGAAGUACUAAUACCAUUUUGUCAUUAAUCACUUUUCGGGAGUAACAUUAUUGUUGCUUUUUGGCAAAAAAUACAACAACAAAUACAUCAUAGUUUUUAAACUAAAAAGCAAUUACAAAAAGUAUUGAAAUUGCAAUUGUUAAACAAAUUUUUAGUGUGCAAAUAUACAUUUAAUUAUUUGAAAUAA